ACUUAUUUAGUCUGUGGCUGACUGCCUGUGGUUUUGCUUGUAAUUUUUUGACCGGCCUCCGAAUUUUACGAAAGCUAAUUUCCUUUACAAUAUAUUCUGAAUUCAAGUAAUUUUAAAAUUAAAUAUAAUCAGCCAUCAUGACAGUGGACCACGGCGUAGAUAUCUCUAAAGCGGGCGAUCGCGGCGUUCUAAAACGAAUUACAAAGGAGGGCGAAGGUGCCGACACUCCCAACCCUGGGUGCCAAGUUACCGUCCACUACACAGGGACGUUGCUGAACGGAACCAAGUUCGACUCCAGCAAGGAUAGAAACGAGCCGUUCGAAUUUCAACUUGGCAAAGGAGCUGUUAUUAAAGCAUGGGAUAUCGGUGUGGCGACUAUGAAGAAAGGAGAGGUGUGUGUCCUCACUUGCGCGCCAGAAUAUGCAUACGGCGAGGCAGGCAGCCCACCUAAGAUUCCACCAAAUUCUACACUUCAGUUUGAGAUUGAAAUGAUUGACUGGAAAGUAGAAGACCUGAGCCCUGCCAAAAACAAGGGUAUAUUGAGGCAUAUUCUGGAGCAAGGCAAUGGAUUCGAGAGUCCUAAUGACGGUGCUAUUGUUACUGUGGAGUUGGAAGGCAAAUUGGUUGCUGAUGGUAAAGUAUUCGAUAAGAGAACAGUCACGUUUUCGCUUGGAGAAGGCAUCGACAGUAAUAUUUGUGAGGGAAUCGAGAGAGCACUGGAGAAAUUCCUCAAAGAGGAGAAGUCGAGACUCACCAUCCAACCGAAGUAUGCGUUCAAGUCAGAAGGGAAUGCUGAACUCGGCGUGCCUCCCAACUCAGCCGUCGAAUAUACGGUGAAGUUAAAUAAUUUCGAAAAGGCGAAGGAGAGCUGGGCGAUGCUCGGUCCUGAAAAGUUGGAGCAGGCGAAGAUUUUCAAAGAGAAAGGCACUAACUACUUCAAAGCGAGCAAAUUCCAGUUGGCGAUCAAAAUGUACAAGCGGGUAGUGACUUUGCUAGAUGAUUUAGCAGAAGAUUCAAGCGAAACAGAAGAGAACAAAACAGAAGCUAAGGACCUAUUGCUAUCAGCGCACCUUAAUCUCGCUCUAGUGUACCUGAAGGUGACACCAGUUCACCACUUCGAGGCCAGGGAUCACGCAACCAAGGCACUGAAGUUUGACCCCAAUAAUGUGAAGGGUCUGUUUAGGAGAGGUCAAGCGUCGUUGGGCCUAGGUGAGGCUGACGCUGCCCUGAAGGACUUCGAAACAGUUGUGGAUGCUGAACCACAAAACAAGGCGGCCGCUAACCAAGUGAUCGUAUGCCGCGCCACCAUCCAGAAGCAGAAGCAAAAGGAGAAGCAGCUGUACGCGAACAUGUUCGAGAAGUUCGCCAAGAAGGACACGGAGUUGGAGAAGCAGAGAGCUAAAGAAGAGGUGGACGUAAUAGGGGAGAAAGUGGGAGAGUGGGGCGCGGGGGAAGGCGAGUGGACCGACCAGCAAAGAGACCGGAAGCCAACGGAAUUCGAAAAGGAAAAUCCUAACAUCCUCAUGCUAGACAAAGACGGACAGUUCCAGAAUAUGUGAAGUGCAUACCACUGUCUCGUUCUACAUUGGUCACAAGUGUUUUGUCAAUGGUUUGUUAGAGAUAUAUACGUCUAAACAUUCCCGUCUGGAAAGAAUUCGUGUCUGUUAGAAGCUUAGUGCAUUGUGACAUUUUUUUAAUUUUUAUUCAUAAGUGUAAACGGCACUUUGUACAGCUCUGUAAUCUGUAAUUGAUUAUAAUUAUAAAAUAAAAAUAAAACUUAAUAUUGUCAGUUCAGUAAAGUGAUAUUGAAUUCAAAUCGAGAUCAAAUCUAAAUUGUGUUAAUGAAUGUAGUAUUUGCUUUGGAAUUAUAGAGAAUUUCGUGGUCAUAGUUUAUUAUAUUGCCAGCGAUCUCUGUUCAUAUAUGCAUUUCUACUAAUAAUGAAAUCCCUACUAAUAAUUGUUUGUUUGUCCUUCAGGUGUUGUACUGUCCUUAAUUAUAAUAUACCAAACCCGUACGAAAUUGUCAAACUUUAUUGAGCAAACUGAAAUAAGCAACAGCUACACUGUGUCUCUCAAACCUUGUUGGCAAAACCACAGCCAUUCAAAUUAAAGAAUCAGAAAUGUAUUCACCGUAAGAGUUGCAACUGUCUCCGAACCAGCCUCGGAUCACUAUUUUUUUAAGCUGGUCAAAAAAAAUUACAUUCCCCCUCCAGCUAACAUUUUUACAAUAAUAUUAACUUACAAUUUGUCCAAUUAGUAUUGCUGUUAAUUAUGGUUUUUUAACAGUUAUAUCUCCAUUUUCAAAUGUAUUAAAUACAAAAAAAUACUUUUUAAAAGAUGAGUUGUGUAUUCAUCUGCCAAGAUCAUAUUUGCCGCCUCCAGGACUUGCCUCCCGGGGCGUGAACCCGUAUUGCUUCCCCUUAGAUCCGAGGCUGCUCGAAACUACACAGUCUGCUACAGACAGAGAUACUUUUGCAUUUAUAAUAUUAGUAAGGAUUUUGAUAUUACUAGAAUAGAAAGCAGUGGAUAGCUGAGGUGUUAAGUAGGUAUCCAGUAUUGAGGGCUCUUACCUGUAUUUUUUUAUUGGGUUGUUUGGGCUAUUGUCAGGUUUUUGUAACACCUGUAGCACUGCGACCUACAUAGAUCUAUUGUGCUCGCCCAUUUACAGA